UCCAUUAGAUCACAACUUAGCAACACCAAACAUAAACCACUUUCCAAUGGGUUUCACUAGCAACUGCAUUCAUGUUGCCAUACUUGUUCUUUCCCUAGCACUUGUAUCCAGAGCUAGAGUGCUGGAUCCUGUUGAUCAUUCCAGCACUCCUGAAUUUGUCAGGAUACAGGGAUCUCAGUUUGUUCUCAGACGCUCUACUUUUCUGUUUAACGGUUUCAAUGCCUACUGGAUGAUGACGGUCGCCUCAGACCCUAGUAAAAGACACCAAGUCACCGAAGUGUUUCGCGAUGCCUCUGCUGCCGGCAUGUCUGUUUGCAGGACGUGGGCUUUCGCUGAUGGCAGUAGUAAUGCACUCCAGUUAUCACCAGGAACUUACGAUGAGCGUGUUUUUCAGGGCUUGGAUUUUGUUGUUUCGGAAGCGAGAAGAUUCAACAUAUUUUUGAUAUUGAGUUUUGUGAACAACUACAAGGACUAUGGAGGCAGACCACAGUACGUGCAAUGGGCUCGAAAUGCAGGAGUGCAAGUAAACAACGAUGACGAUUUCUAUACACAUCCGGUAGUCAAAGGGUAUUACAGAAACCACGUUCAGAGAGUAAUUACAAGGAUUAACACCAUAACUAGAGUUGCCUACAAGGAUGAGCCAACAAUCAUGGCAUGGGAGCUCAUGAACGAACCUCGUUGCGAAGCGGAUUACUCCGGGAGAACAGUAAACGGUUGGGUUCAAGAGAUGGCAAGCUUCGUGAAAUCAAUCGAUAACAAACACUUGUUGGAAAUAGGCAUGGAGGGAUUCUAUGGCGACACAAUGCCGGAAAAGAAGCAAUUCAAUCCAGGUUACCAAGUCGGGACUGAUUUUAUCAGCAACCAUCUCAUCAAGGAGAUCGACUUCGCUACCAUACAUGCCUACCCUGAUAUAUGGUUGGCUAAACAGAAUGAAGAAGCACAAAAUGCCUUCAUGGGAAGAUGGAUGGAAAGCCAUUCCACCGAUGCACAAACAAUCCUGAAGAAGCCACUCGUAAUAGCUGAAUUCGGAAAAUCCAGUAAAGACCCGGGUUUCACUUCGAGUGCACGAGAUUUAUACAUGGGCGCCGUGUAUUCGAGCAUCUACAAGUCUGCUCGAAAUGGCGGAACCCUAGGAGGGGGAUUGGUGUGGCAGGUACUGGCUCAAGGUAUGCAGCCGUAUGGUGAUGGUUAUGAGAUCGUUUUAGCAGAUAAUCCAACAACUGCCGCCGUCAUUUCUAGGCAAUCCCACGCGAUGGCCGCUUUAUCUCAUCAGGUUUAGGGUAAUUAAUCGUUUCUUCAUUUUAAUAAAUUGUCGAUCGAUUUAAGCUAGCGAAAUCUAGCUAAGUUGUAUUGUCAUCUGCUCUGAUAUGAACGGCGGAUGAAUUUUGUUUUAUUUAUUAUAUUGAUGAAAAGAUCAGUUUGUUGUAGCA